AUGGACAGCGAGCCAGCUUUGCGCCUGCAAGAGUGGCCGCGCUCGGUCAAUGUUGGAUGUGUCCCCAAAAAGGUGAUGUGGAACACAGCAGUUCACGCGGAGUUCAUCCAUGAUCACGCUGAUUACGGGUUUGAGGUGGCUGGCAGCAAAUUUAACUGGAGAACUAUUAAAGAAAAGCGUGAUGCUUAUGUGAGACGCCUGAACGAGAUCUACGAAAAUAAUGUAAACAAGGCUCACAUUGAAAUCAUUCGUGGCUAUGGAAAGUUUACGGCUGAUCCAGAGCCUACAGUUGAAGUUGAUGGUAAAAAGUACACAGCUCCUCACAUCCUUGUAGCUACUGGUGGGCAACCAUCAGUCCCUCUUGAAAGUGAAAUUCCUGGUGCCAGCCUGGGUAUCACCAGCGAUGGGUUCUUUGAUCUUGAAGAGCUGCCCAGGCGCAGCGUUGUUGUUGGUGCUGGGUACAUUGCAGUAGAAAUAGCAGGGAUCCUUUCCACUCUGGGCUCCAAGUCCUCCUUGCUGAUACGUCAUGACAAGGUGCUGCGGACGUUUGACUCAUUGAUCAGUUCAAACUGCACACAGGAGCUGGAGAACACCGGGGUCGACGUGUGGAAGCACGCACUGGUCAAGACAGUCACGAGGUCCCCUGGUGGGUUGCUGGAUGUGACAGUAACGUCCUCAAUGCCUGGCUGUAAGCCAACGGUUAGAGUGAUCCAGGAUGUGGACUGCCUUCUAUGGGCCCUUGGGAGAGUCCCAAACACGGAAGGGCUUUGCCUGGACCGAGUGGGUGUUAAAGUGGAUGCAAAAGGUCACAUUGUGGUCGAUGAGUUCCAGAACACCACGAGGAAAGGGAUUUAUGCUAUUGGGGACGUCUGUGGAAAAGCCCUCCUCACCCCAGUUGCGAUAGCAGCCGGCAGAAAGCUCGCACACAGGCUCUUCGAAGGCAGGCAGGACUCCAAGCUGGACUACACUAACAUUCCCACCGUCGUUUUCAGUCACCCGCCCAUUGGGACCGUGGGCCUCACCGAAGAUGAAGCCAUUUCUGCGCAUGGGAAAGAGAAUGUGAAGAUCUACAGCACUUCGUUUACCCCCAUGUAUCAUGCGGUCACCAAAAGGAAGACUAAGUGUGUCAUGAAACUGGUUUGUGCUGGCAAGGAAGAGAAGGUGGUGGGAUUGCACAUGCAAGGGCUGGGCUGUGACGAAAUGCUGCAGGGCUUUGCUGUGGCCAUCAAAAUGGGAGCUACCAAGGCCGACUUUGACAACACGGUUGCCAUUCACCCUACUUCUGCAGAAGAGCUGGUGACACUGCGCUGAAAUGGUGGGCCUGAGGAGCCUGAGAGGUGGCAGCUGAAGCACAGAAGCCAGCUGCCUUCUCUGGGCAGUGCGUCUUCUCUGCAACCAAUUCCAUGAGCCAAUUUUCUCCUCCCCCCCCCCCCCCCCC